AUGUCUGAAAUUGUCCAAAAUCACGGUUUAGAAUCACUAAUGUACCAACUCAGAUCCGGCAAAGAAGAAUUAGCCAACAAAAAUUUCGAACAACAUGAUUUCCAUCAAAAAGUGACCAGAGGUCUGGACUAUUUAGGAGGCGGCAAUUUAUUGAGAAGUUUAAAUAAAGUCCAUCAGAAAAAACACAAUUUUGGCGAAAGAAGUUUGGAUGAACUGGGAGGCGCUAAUUUGGUGAGGAGCUUGGAUGAAUUGGGAGGCGGUAAUUUGGUGAGAAGCUUGGAUGAACUUGGUGGCGGUAAUUUGGUGAGGAGCUUGGAUGAACUUGGCGGUGGAAAUUUGGUGAGAAGCUUGGAUGAGCUGGGAGGUGAGAAUUUGGUGAGAAGCUUGGAUGAGUUGGGAGGUGGAAAUUUGGUAAGAAGCUUGGAUGAGCUAGGAGGUGGAAAUUUGGUUAGAAGCUUGGAUGAAUUGGGAGGCGGUAAUUUGGUCAGAAAUUUAGAUUCCCUUGGGGGCGCCAACUUAGUCAGAAGUCUAGAUUCCCUUGGGGGCGCCAACUUGGUCAGAAGUCUAGAUUCCCUUGGGGGCGCCAAUUUGAUCCGAAGUCUAGACUCGCUUGGGGGCGCCAACUUAGUCAGAAGUUUAGAUUCUCUUGGGGGCGCCAACUUAGUCCGAAAUCUAGAUUCCCUUGGAGGCAGCAACUUGGUCAGAAGUCUAGAUUCCCUUGGGGGCGCCAAUUUGAUCCGAAGUCUAGACUCGCUUGGGGGCGCCAACUUAGUCAGAAGUUUAGAUUCUCUUGGGGGCGCCAACUUAGUCCGAAAUCUAGAUUCCCUUGGAGGCAGCAACUUGGUCAGAAGUCUAGAUUCUCUUGGUGGGGGGAACUUGGUCAGAAGUCUAGAUUCCCUUGGUGGGGGGAACUUGGUCAGAAGUCUAGAUUCCCUCGGAGGCGCCAACUUGGUCAGAAGUCUAGACUCCCUUGGAGGUGGCAACUUGGUCCGCAGUUUAGACUCACUUGGAGGCGGCAAUUUAAUAAAAAGAAGUUCAGAUCAGAAUUCAAAAUUAGCCAGAGCUUUAGAUUACCUCGGUGGAGGCAAUUUAUUGAGAAGCCUGGAUUCUUUGGGAGGCGGACAUCUGGUAAGAUCUACUCAAGAAGAGGAUUUUUCAAGACGUUCAGGAAGGCACAGUGCAGUACCUUUGCGGAAUUUGGACGCCCUAGGCGGAGGCCAUCUGUUGAGAGAAACCAGAGGCAUCGACUCUUUGUCUGGAGUCACAUACGGAACCCAAAAACGAUUCGACACUUUGGGGGGUAGUACCUACGGUGGCCACAAGCGUUCGCCCCUAUCGCCCUACCAAUUGGCAACCCUCCAGCAACAUCAACAUCAACUUCAAUUGAUGGACAAGAAGAAUUUCGACGAAAUCGACAGGAGCGGAUUCGACAGUUUCGUCAAAAAGAAUUUCGAUGAGAUCGACAGGGGCGGAUUCGACGGAUUCGUCAAACGAAUGGGAGGAUACUUUUACGAUUCGAAUCCACCUAGUCCACGUUAUUAUUACGAUUUGGAAUAA